AUGAAUGGGGUCAAUGAUUUACCACAGAAGAUUCUUCUGCAAUCCGAAGAUCAUGCGAAGCUACUUAAUGUGAUCGACUCGCUUCGAUCAGCGGGCAUCGGUCGUUAUGUUCAUCUACUCCAACUCAUAGUCUGUGGCGACCAAUCAUCCGGAAAGAGUUCUGUCCUCGAAGCCGUCUCUGGCAUUCGAUUUCCAACCAAAGAAAACCUCUGCACGCGUUUCGCAACUGAACUUGUUCUGCGUCGGGGAAAUGAAGAAAAGCCGAAAGUGGAAAUAAUUCCUGGCAGUGAGAGACCAGAUGACGAAAAGCAGAAGCUAAAAGCAUUCAGUGCACCUAUUGCAGAUGUUGCGGAUGUUCCUAAUGUCAUAGAGGCUGCAAAGACGGCGAUGGGCCUUGAUAAGGACGCGAGAUCAAUCAGCGACGACAUACUUCGGGUUGAGAUAUGUGGGCCCCAUCAGUCACACCUGACUCUUGUUGACCUGCCGGGGGUGGUUCAUUCUGAGACGCGCCAGCACUCAGCAUCGGAUGUUGCCAUGAUAUCUUCGCUCGUAAACUCAUACAUGAAGAAUCGCCGCAGCAUUAUUCUUGCGGUGGUUUCUGCCAAAAAUGACCUCGCCAACCAGAUUAUCACGAAACUUGCGAGGAAUCAUGAUCCAAAAGGGCUUCGGACGCUUGGAAUUAUCACAAAGCCGGACACGCUCCACCGUGGAUCUGAAAACGAAAAGAGUUUUGUUGACCUAGCAAGCAACGAAGACAUCGUCUUUCGGCUUGGUUGGCACGUUUUGCGAAAUCGCGACUAUCAGACAAGAGAUUCCACAGCCGAGGAACGCGACGAAAAGGAAAAGGAGUUCUUCUCUGAAGGAGCGUGGACUUCGCUUCCACCAUCUAUCCUGGGUAUUGGCGCGUUGAAGCCCCGGCUGAGCGCCAUCUUAAGAGAUCAAAUCAUCUCCGAGCUACCUGAUUUGAGGAAAGACGUGGAAGAGGGCAUCAAGACCUGCGAGAGAACCUUAGAAAGACUUGGUCCAUCGCGGUCCACCGUCAACGAACAGUGGCUGCAUUUGAUUCGCAUCAGCCAGUUAUUCACUUCGCUAGUGCAGGCUUCCAUCGACGGCGUGUAUAGCGACGAUUUUUUUGGUGAUGCGAGUUCUGAGACAGGAUAUAGCCAUCGCCUCCGUGCAGUCGUGAGCAAUAUUCUAGGAGAGCUCGCCUCUGAUAUGCGGAAAAAGGGACACAAGCGAACCAUCUUGGACGACGACAGUACGCCUGACGACUCAGCUUUUCCGCAGCAGAUAAGAAGGGACGAAUUCACCAGCGAAGUCCAUGCCCUAAUGAAACGAAGCAAGGGAAGGGAGUUACCCGGGACAUUUAAUCCUCUGAUAAUCGGUGAUCUAUUUUAUGAACAAGCAAGUCAGUGGGAGCAAAUCAUCCUAGGCUAUGCUGAAAGGAUAUUAGACGCGACCCAGCAGUUCCUCAAACUCACACUAGCGUAUUGUGCAGAUGAUACGACACAGCAAGCUGUUCAGAUGGAAAUCAUAGCACCAGCCAUGGAGAGCUGCACCGACACCUUGAAAAAAAAAAUCCUGGAGAUUCUCCAGCCCCACAAAAAGGGUCACCCAAUCACUUAUAACCAUUAUUUCAUAGAUAAUGUCCAAAAGAUUCGUGAGAAGAGAAACAAAAGAGACACUGAGACUUGCUUACGUGACUUCUUUGCUUUGGGAAAUUUCGAUGGGAAUCGGCGCAUAGGAAAAGACUUUUCUCUAAACAACCUCUUGGCCGCCCUGUUCCGGCAAACAGAACAAGACAUGGAUCGGUACGCGGCAUCGGAGGCGAUAUGCUACAUGGAAGCCUAUUACAAGGUUGCGAUGAAAACGGUCGUGGACAAUUUUGCGGUUUUGGCCAUUGAGCAAUGUAUUCUCAAGAAACUGCCUCUUAUUUUCAACCCUGAAGUGGUAACGAAUCUCGAUGAUAAGACCCUAGAAGCUAUUGCAGCGGAAACGACGGAGUCAAAAGUUGAACGCAGUCAUGCUUUAGAAAAGCUAAAAUUUCUCAGCCCCGCGUUGCAAAAUCUUAAACGUUUGGCCUUUCGUAGAGGUGGGCACUAUUCAGAUGUAAUUCGAGUGAAGGGGAGCAUCUGA